UGCCCGCCAAUCCUACGAUGGCGCUGUAACAUUGUAACGUUACGUUGACGAGCCAGCCAAGGGCCCUUCUGGCGAAGAAGAAGCGGGUGAAGUGGGGGAACCGCCGCGAAGUAAAUUAAAGAAAAUUCUUUGUAGUUAGAGACAAUUUAACAUUUAUUCGGUCUAGUCCGCGGUCAUACUAAAGCAACGGCGCAAAUUUGUGAAGCUGACUCCCCUACUCUUCCAGCAUUGAGCUCCCAAAAUUUUAGCUACAUUAGCCUAGCAUCUCGCCGACUCGUCGCCCAGCUGCCAUCAAAAACAUUCACAAAGGAAGCAAAGAAGAGGAACAAACAUGACGGACGACUGUGAAUUUAGUGAAGACGUAGGCAUGAGGAUGGAAGAGGACGGGGAGGCGUACAGCGACGACCCCAUGACCACCGGAGCGGUGGGGGACGGCGGCCUGGCCGGAGGCGAGGCCGAGGGGGCGAGAAUCGACGCUAGUAAAAAUGAAGAGGAUGAAGGGAAGGUGUUUGUUGGCGGCCUCAGCUGGGACACGACAAAGAAGGACCUAAAAGAUUACUUCUCCAAGUUCGGGGAGGUUAUCGACUGCACUCUGAAACUGGAUCCCUUGACUGGCCGCUCCAGAGGAUUCGGCUUUGUGCUCUAUAAGGAAGCCACAAGUGUUGACAAGGUGUCCGCACAGAAGGAGCACAAACUCAACGGGAAGGUCAUUGACCCCAAAAAAGCCAAAGCCAUGAAGAGCAAAGAGCCGGUAAAAAAGAUCUUCGUGGGCGGCCUUUCUCCCGACACUCCAGAAGAGAAAGUCCGAGAAUACUUUGCCACUUUUGGAGAGGUGGAAGCCGUGGAGCUUCCCAUGGAGGGUAAAACUAACAAAAGGAGAGGAUUCUGCUUCAUCACGUUCAAGGAAGAGGAACCGGUAAAGACCAUCAUGCAGAAGAAGUACCACAACAUCGGCCUAAGCAAUUGUGAAGUGAAGGCGGCCAUGUCCAAGGAACAGUACCAGCAGCAGCAGUACUGGGGAGGCAGAGGAGGAUACUCGCCCAGGUCUCGAGGACGGGGCGGAGGUGCCGGUCCGAACUGGAAUCAGGGUUACGGCAACUACUGGAGUCAGGGCUACGGGAACUACAACUACGGCAAUCAAGGCUACGGGGGCUACGGCGGCUACGAUUACUCUGGUUACAGCAACUAUUACGGAUACGGUGGCGACAGUAAUCCACCGGCCGGAUACGGCAAGUCGCCUCGGCGCCCUGUUCACAGCAACAGUUACAGACCGUACUAAAAAGCGUGGGGUUGCCCCGAAGGACCCAAUUAGGUGUUACGGGGCCGAGAGGACGACGCGCAGCCGGACGCGGUGAGAAGGCGGCGACCUUGUCGUGAUCGUGAGACAAAAAACAAACUCAAGAGCCCGUAGUUGUAUUUUCGGGAGCGUUCGGUGGAUCUGACCUUUUCAAGAAGGAUUUUUUUUUGGCCUUCAUUUAGGAGUUUUACCACUUUUCUCGUUCUAUUUUGUAUCGUCAACGGCUUGGUUUAUUAGUUAGACACACUUAUUUACAGUCGUAAAUGCGCAUUUAUCACUUCGUCAAGAGCUAUACAACGUUCAUAAAUAUAGACAAAAUUGUAUUCGAUGUAAGCGUGAAAAAAAAUUAAAAUUGUUUGGAUUUCCCAUUGUAGCCACCCUUUUUUUCCCCCUCCUCAGACAAAACUUUUUGUCCCUUUUGUUGCUCUGCCAGCUUGGCAGAAUUCACGCGAAAGCAUCACAUCAACUUCAGUCUUCAUAACGAAUGGAGAAAGCGGGAGGUGACGUACAGUGGUCUGAAAAAGUAUCUGAACCUUUUGGAAUUUCUUAACAUUUUUGCAUUGGAAAAAAAAAAAAAAACAUCAAAUGCGAUUUGAUCUUUGUCAAAAUCACACAGAUGAAAAAACAGCUUUAACUAAAACGACCCAAACAUUUAUAGGUUUUCAUAUUUUAAUUGGGAUAGCAUGCAAACAUUUACAGAAGGGGGGAAAAUACGUGAGUGAAUCCUCUGCCUAAGCAGACUUAAAGAGAUAUUGAAACCAAUUUUUACCAAUUUUUUACCAAACAAUUUAAGUCAGGUGUGUGCCCAAUCACUGAUGAGUGGUUUAAAGCUGCCCUGCCAACUAUAAAACACACACCUGGUAAGAAUUGUCUUGAUUAGAGGCAUUGUCUGAAGUCCACCAUGGCUCAGUCAAAAGAGCUGUCUGAAGACCUGCGAUCGAGGAUUGUAGAUUUGUAUAAAACUGUGAAAGGAUACAAAACCAUCUCUAAAAUCUGGGUUUUCAUCAAUCGACAGUUAGAGAAGUUGUCUCCAAAUGGAGAGUUUGGCACUGUUGCUUCUGUACCGAGGAGUGGCCGUCCACCAAAGAUGACGCCAAGAGUUCAGCGCAGAAUACUAAGAGAGGUAAAAAAAAGAACCCUAGAGUGUCUGCUAAAGACUUAUAGAAAUCACUGGCACAGUCCAAUAUCUAUGUGCACGCAUCAACUAUAUAUAUGUAAAACACUCCACAAAAUUUUGGGCAAAACAUUUUGUGGACUGAUGAAACCAAAGUUGAAUUGUUUGGGAGUAACACAAAACGUCGUGCGGAGGAAAAAUGCAACGUUGGCUCACCAACAUCAACACCUCAUCCCCAUCGCGAAGCGAGGUGGAGGGAGCAUCAUGAUUUGGGGUGGUUUUGCUUCCUCAGGGCCUGGAACAUUUGCAAUCAUGAAUGGAAGAAUGAAUUCAAAAGUAUCAGGAUGUUUUGAAGGAAAACCUGAGGCCGUCUGUCAGACAGUUUGAGCUAAAAAUAGGAUGGAUGCUGCAACAAGGUAAUGAUCUAAAACACAGAAGUAAAUCAACUUCUGAAUGGUUUCAGAAGAACAAAAUACAUGUUCUAGAGUGGCCAAGUCAAAGUCCACACUUCAACCCUAUUGAGAUGCUGUGGCAUAGACUUCAGAUGGGAACAUUCUCGGCUCUAUCGUUCGCCAUCUGUGUUGUUGUGGAGAUGACUUCCGACAGGCGAGACGUUGCUCGUUAAGAACACGUCACACAAAUAAACGAAUCUGAUUGCACGGAUGAUUUCGUUCUGGCUCGAGGCCAGUAGGGAUGAUUUCGUUCUGGUUUGAGAGACUAAUAAGGAGCUGGGUCCCAGACUCUUCUCGCGGUGUUUGAAAUAAUCAGGGAGAACAGUCUGGUCGUGCCAGGCAACACGCUCCCUCUCUUUGCUCUUUGUUGGUCAGCCAGUGCACUGGAGUUGCUUAUUAACUCAUUUGUUCCGAAAAACGUAUAAAUACGUUCUAUUUUUAAUUUUUUCAGUGUCCCAAAGACGUAUUUAUACAUCUCUUACAUUUUUUUUUUUUUACAAGAGACAUCUCUAGGUUCUGAUGCAACUUCGCUCCAAAGCACAACGCUGAAAAUCCAUUUUAAAGCAAUAAAACCGGUCACUGGAGGGCGUUAGCGCAUUUGGUAAGAAGUCAUACCGGACCAUGAAAGGAAGUGAAUGAAGAGAAAUAAUCAGGAAACGGAAGUUGGAAAAAGUAAGAAGCGUGAGAAAAAUGUGGAGAACGAUGUCAAACACAAGGCACACACCCCACACAAGUUCCCUAGGUGAAUUCUGUUAUGAAGUAGUGGUCACUAUCACUACACAGGUCCCCCCCAGAAUUCACCCACACAGGACACCAGGCGUAACCCGAUUUAACGAAACGGAAUGGUCGGGUUGCCGCGGCCACAACAGCGUCAUCUCUCAGUUUGAUAGUGUGAGAGAAUUUAUUCAUGCUUAAAACACAACCAUUAUAUAUUAUAUGUUGAAGGCUUUUGUUAUGCUUGCAUGAGAAUAUUACAGCACAGAGGAUCAUUGUUAAAAUAAUCUGUUGUAAUCUUUUUGAGUGAGCCUUCUCAUAGCCUUGACGAUUGUAGACGGAGUCAAUAUGCCCAAAUAUGGACUGUCAUUUUCCUGUUGUUUCCAAUAUGCCCUGAAUGAGUACAAUAUAGCAACUGUGGCUUAUCAAACUUCUUCCUGGCCACAGCUUGUGAUUCAAGGUUACAGCUUAAGAUGGUUUUCCCCUAUGAGAGAAGUUUUUCUGUAACUUGAGAUGUUUUUACUAACUUUCGAUUUCAUUUUUAUGGUGCCAACCCAUAAAUAGAGGCAUGCCAUGUAUCUCUCUUUUGUCCACAUGCGGAGAGGCGCUUUGUGUGUUACUCCGCAUCUGUACCCAAGAGCUCUUGUACUAAAACCUACUAAAUCCAUGGUUGUGGUCGUAUUUAUUUCUCUAACUAUCGAGGUAACACUUGUCUUGGAGUUCAAACUUGAGCUUCACUGACAGAUAGUUUAGUUAUGUGUAAAUAAAUUGUUACUUUGCUAUCAAAAGCUCUAUAUGUCUUGUUUGUUAUUUUGUAGAAGGAAAACAUUAUUCAGAUGUUUGGGAUCUCACAAAAGUAAAAAAUAGCUGUGUUAAAGUCAAAGUUAUGUUUGAAAUGAAUGCUUUUACAAAAAGCUCAAUUUGUCUGUUUUUACAUCAGAAAUUGGAAAAAUGCACAAACUAAGCUAUUUUCUAAUGCUGAUUUCUAAAGAAUGGAAAAGAUAUGAACUAACUUUUUCUCUGCUGAAAGAAGAGAGUAAUCUUUCUUUUGGUGGGUUCCAUGUUUAAAUAGUAAUAGAAUGGAAUUUUCUGUGGGCCUUGCAAAAUCAGUCAAAAUCCAGUAAAACAGCCGGGAGCGAAGGGCCUUGCUCCGGUGAAAAUGGCUGGGAGUGAAUGAGUUAAAGUUAACGAUGAUUGACAGAUACCUGGGUUUGAUCUUGCCAGAGACUCAAACUUACCACGGCACCUAACAGCGCUGCAUGCGUCAAUCAUCAUUUAACUUGUUAAACAGUUGCUGUGGCAACUCUGCGUGUGAGCAGCUAGAGCGGAUUUGAGUGGACUCAAUUAAGCAUUUAAUGAAGCCAAUAUUAUAUAAUAUAAAGUGGGUUUU